AUGCCCUAUAAUAAUUGCUGUGACUACAGUAUGUUACCUUCAGUUAAUUUCUGGAUUGAAGAAAACAUUGAUAAAGGCACAUUAAUUGGUCGAUUAUCGUCGUCAACCACCACACUCUCGUCGUCAUCACCAACAGUUUCAUCAUCUUCAGUUGACUUAAAGUAUGCCUCUGCAUUUACCUGUGCUUAUAUAAGUCUAGCCCAGCAGCCUAUUUCAAAUUAUUUUCAUAUUGACUCAAAUGAUGGUUCAGUGUAUGCCCUGAGAAAGAUUGACAGGGAAGCAUUGUGCACUGAACAUCAGGUCCUAGAACGUUUUCGAAAAAAUGUUAACAACAUGACAAUCAUGCUCAAAGAUUCAUCUUACAAGGAUAAUAUUGCCGGUGAUAAUCUUGGUGUGAUAAAACAAACUGUUUCAACCGAAGAUCAGAUAACUAAUGAAAAUCUUGUUGAUCUUAGCACAACAACAGAUGGUACAAGACACUCCAGAAAUGUUCUUCAGGAAACUGAUAUUAGUCAAACAGUGACAACAAGUGUAUGUCAAAUUAAAUUCCAAGUGCUCAUCAGUGAUACAACUGGACUUAUGCCUAAAAGUAAUGUUUUACAAGAUGUACAGAUUACAAUAUCUGACUUGAAUGAUAAUCAACCCCAAUUCGGCGUACAAAAUUUCUCAUUGAAAAUACCGGAGUCUUCACCUAUUGAUGCAGAAUUUCGUUUACCGCAGGCAAAUGAUUUAGAUACUGGAGUGAAUGGUAUAUCUGAAUACCGAAUGGUCCGUUGUAUUCAUAAAGAUGGUGAUAAGACAUUUCCAUUGUACCCUUAUACAUAUAGUAAAGACAGUAUAAACCAAGUACAGAAACAUUCAGAAACAAAUAUUUUUAAUGAUCAUAAUGAUAAGCUAUCAUCAAAUGAAGAAAUGACAGGAUCGUUUUCAAAAAUUAUGCUGGUGAAUAUUUCAUGCUAA